UGUGUCACAGGCCAGGACCACGACCAAGCCUUCUCUAAGGUGGUGGUGGAGCUGAGGAAGAGGUAUCCGGGUCACAUCCUGCCCGAUGAGGACCUGCAGUGGGUGUUUGUGAAUGCGGGCGGCUGGAUGGGCUCCAUGUGUCUGCUGCACGCCUCUCUCACAGAGUAUGUGCUGCUGUUCGGGAUGGCCGUGGACACAGGCGGACAUUCAGGUCGUUACUGGGCAGAAAUAUCAGACACCAUCAUUUCUGGAACAUUCAGGCAAUGGAAAGAAGGAAGCACUAAAAGCGAGACUUACUAUCCAGGAGACACUAUCGUGCAUGCGGUGGGAGAGGCCACGUCAGUGCAGUGGAGCGCCGGGACAUGGAUGGUGGAGUACGGCCGAGGAUUCAUUCCCUCCACGCUGGGCUUCUCUCUGGCCGACACCGUCUUCAGCACCCAGGACUUUCUAACACUGUUUUAUACUGUACGUGUUUAUAUGAAGAGUAUGAUCCUGGAGGCCAGCACUUUCCUCACUGACUCCGGCGUCCUCUGAAACACACACGUCCCCGUCUUAUUCUGAUAACUGCCCACAACAUCAGCUGCUCGUUUGCUAAUGGAGAGCCGACGACUUGUUGAACUGGAUGUAUGGAAAGCACUUAAUGUACUUACUUUUAGUUUUAUUU